CUCUAAAAUUGACUAUGAAGAGCUAAGUAGCUUCAGUGAAAAAGUUCCUGAAUUUGGAUUGCUUAAUUGCACGAUAUGGGCAAUUUCCACUGAUUCCUAUGAAUCUCAUCGCGCUUGGUAUGACGCACCAACGAGUAGACUUGGCUUCGAUAAGAAUCUUCAUUUCGCUCUAUGCCAGGACAAAAAUACAGUAAUCAGCCGUCUAUUUGGUGUACUCAAUGAGCAAGAUGGGACUGCGUACAGGUGGGUUAUUAAUUAA